AAAUUACGGCUGUAAUUUCUCAUAUAAUUACAUAUUUAUUGUCAUAAUACACAUAACGUCUACUUAUCACGCGUUUAGGCGUAAUGAUAUAUAGAAAUAAUUUUAGAAGGAAGUAGAUCUAACCAACGCUAUGACGUCAUGUACCAACACAAGUCACAUGACAUAAGACAUGUGAUCACUCAGAAAUCACUACCGGUUCGACUGUCAGCCAAUCGGAGGGUCAACAGCCUGACCUUUGACCUUAACCGGAAGCAGAAAAGCUAGCAGGUUGUAUUUGUCACCCAUUUUAUACUGACAACAUGGGCAAUGCUCACAUCGUGGGUUCCGAUGGCAUACAUCUACUACAACGGGUUUCUACUUGCAUGUAUACUGUGGUCCUUGAUAAACACGGAAGCAUCUGAUCCUGUUUUGCUGUCACUUAUGCUGAAUGUAAUCAGCAUAGUUAUGGACAUUGUGGUGCUGGCUACUUCAUAUCCAUACCAAAAAGUUGCUUUUCUACAGAGCAGUGUGGCUGGUCUGUUUAGGUUCAGUGCUGUAAUGUGUUGCGUCAACCUGCUGCUGCGACCGGUAACGAGUAUCGUCAUGUACAGGGUCAUGCAGGCUAGGUCAGCCGAGUACAGCAGUUUCACGCAGUAUGGCGGAGGAUUCAGUGGUCACGGGGAAACCUACGAGAAUAUUGACCAGCCCGUUCCGACCGCUCCAGCCGUCGCAAACUCCGACUUUGUCGACGCGAGUCCAUCUAAGGCUGCAUAUCAGUCGCCGUGAGGAGUCGUGACGAGGGUACAUGAAGUCACUGAUCACCUGACAGGCUGGGAGAAGUUGAUCGUCUGACUGGCCUAGAUGACUGAUCGAGCAAAUAUAAAUAGUGCAAUUCAGUAUGAAGUUUAUAUGUACAUGUUGGUGAUUAUCGACAGUGGUUCUGCAUAUUUGUAAAUGUAACAUCUUGAGUGAAUACUGGGGUAAGAAUUACGUUCUGUGACAAUUGAGGUUGGCUAAACAUGAGCUGUAGUGUUAGUAAAAUGCGUAGCGGUAUCAGACGAACAAAGUUUUGUUCUCAGGCUCUGUUGUUGUGUGCCGAUAUUCAUUGCAGUAUUUCGUGUUAUCGUUUUAAACAGGGGAACUAAAGUCAUUGGCUCAAAUCUGUCUAAACUAUGGAGUAGCCUAAUAGCCAAGUUUGAUUUUUUUAAGAAAAAAUGGGCAAUUUUGUCUCACGUUUGAUAGUUUAGGUGCCUAGGUAUGCAGUCGAAAUGUAAAAUUUAGUCGGCCAAACGUAUUGAACAGGGUGUGUUCAGUUGUUCAUGCUUUCAGUUGAUCUCAACCAAGUGUAGUUCUUGUCACUUCUUUUAUUGUUUUUGUAGUAAUUUAUAAGCUGCCUUGGUGCAUGGCCCUUUCGUAUAGAUAUACUUGGCCAAGUUUCGAUAUUUACCGUGGCUAAAAUUUAAUAUUUAUUCUAUGCUUUCUUAACUGGUAUUUACAGGUGUUUUUAACAGAAUGCUUUAAAUAUCGGUUUUCUCUGGUCUGGAACAGUUACGGUAAAUUGCUACCGUGCCUUGCACAGUUGGAACAAGCUUUUAUGUAAAUUGGUUUGGUAGUAUAAUGUGAUCUCGUGGAGAGUAGUGUCGUCGCAGUGCCAUUGCUUAAACAUACAAGAAAUCGUUAGUAGUUUGAUAAUAAUACUUUAUAAUGAAUACUUUACUAUCAGGGGUGGGAGGUGAAUCUGUUGGUAGUUCAUACAAACAUUUUAUAGGCCACUGUUUUGUAUGUAUCUCGUUUGACAUUGUCUUUAUUGGAUCUACCAUUAUUACGCCACAUGGGUUAAUGACAUUGUAUGUAAAGUACUUAUUCAUUCGUUAUGGCAAGGUAUAUGUAGGGCUCUGUAGGAGCACCUGGUUUCACGGAAUACAUGAUGAUGUUGAUUGUUGUAUAUUCAAUGUCCAACUGCUGAUUUCUCGUGCCCUAGUCAUGUUCUCAGUCUGAACAGCAAAUACGGUAUCCACUUAUACUCACUCAUCUAUUGUGUGAGGUUUUCUGUUAUUUUUGUACAUCUUCUUUGCUUGACAGAUUUUCCUGCGGAAGUGCGGAAGUGUAUGUGUGUAUGUUUUGUUAGGAUUUUAGUUGUUAUGCGGUACUUGACUGUAUCGUGUAUGGCCCCCUGAUGUCUGUGAUGCUGGGUAAACAUUCCACAUGAAAGAGAAGUGCACUAUAGUAUCAGUGAACUCUUUAGACAUUCUCUAAUACGUUGUUGUAGUCGUUGUUAUAGUUUUUUCUGUAUCAGGAGCACUUAGCCGACCCGAGGCUGUUGGUUUUACUCCUGCAGCUUUAUUGAUAGUUAAGGUACAAUACUUUUCAAUGAGAAUGGAUAAAUAUUCUUUAGAAUUGUGCGAAUAGUCUCCUUCAAGUAAAGAUUCUCGUAUUUGUAGUACGUGGGUUUCGAUCGGUUUUUGCUAGCCAAAUAUAUUUCUCAUUCAACAUUUCGCUUACUGAUUAUUUAUUUAUUUAUUUAUUUACCAAUAUUAUAAACUGAUGAUUGUAUAUUCAGUAUUAAAUGAAAAUUGUUCAGGCAGAUUUAUAAGGA